AUGGUAACUGAGGACCACCUCAACAGCCCAUGCUGGAUCUGGAUCGAAUGUGCUCGGCAUAAAAAACGCGUCAAAGGACAGAGGGCCCUGCAUCCACAUCUCGUCAGUCCACAGACCUUUCGUUCUCUAGUUCCUCCCCAUGUAUCCACAAUCGACUUCCCAGUCUACAAACGAAGAAACGUCCGCAACGCGAAAUCCGAAGGCCUGCCAAAAAUGCCGGGCUCGAAAGAUCAAAGUUGUGUCCCAACUGAUGAGUGCCGGGCUCGGCCAUGUGAAAGGUGUACCAGGAUGGAACUCGAAUGUCGGUUCGAAUCGAUCCAGGGGAAUGUCUCCGCCCGCCAAACAGUCCCGGAUGGCAAGAACACGAUCCAGUUCGAUACUCCGGCGCCGCCGAGGGGCGAAUCAAACGUUGCUUCAACGCGACCGCCGGGGAGAUCGAGGAGGACAGAGCAGCGCGAUGUACAUAACCAACCCGGAUCGUAUGCCGACGCGAAUCCGCAUGGGGUGUACAGCGCACAACACGCCGCCUACAACGGACGGGCGGGACCAUCUGGGCCGACGGCCGACCUCACACAGCGCCGCUGGCCCGCGCAGGGCUACACAAACCCUCAGGCUGCGCAAUAUCCUGUGUACGCAGAGCACGUUGGACAGGACCAUUACACGCAAAUUGGCUAUCCCGCGCCACAUCAAUAUGGACCGUCGGGCCAGGGUUAUCAUGAUGGUCAUGUGGAAUACUCGACUUCCGCUUCGUACUGGCAGCCUUCUCAGGGACAGCAGCAGCAGCAUCAGCGACAUAAUGGUGGCGAUGGCGCCUACCCAUACCAACAAUGA